AGCAGCAAUACAAACGCUCGCAGUCGCUUCUGAAAAGCGCUGUAGUCCAGUUGCAGGGCUGCUGCUGCUGCUGCUGCUGCUGCUGCUGCUGCUGCUGAGGGCUGCUGGACGAGUCAGCCGCACCGAGGCGAUACCAAACCUGCUGCACUCAGGGCGGACCUCAACGCUGCUGGAACCGAAGGAAACCAAGAUGAAAAACCCACCACUGACCGCAGGAAGGAUUUACGCUCCCAUUAAAACGUUCUCUUCAUGCAUCAGCCAGCUUUUCCUCCGCUCACGCGGCUGACUGCUGUCGUUCCCAGAUACAGCCACACAGACUGGAAGACGACAGCGUGGAUGGAGUGUGAGAGUCUGGAGUAAAUUCAAACAGAUGAGUCACUUAUGAGUGAUGGACGACCUAACGAUGUCUGGAAUGGAGUCGUCCAGCAGACCAUGAAGCGAAGUGGACCAGCAGAAAGGGAGAGCGUUCUUUUCUGUACAAGUAUUGACUCAUUCAUUUGUGUUUCCAAUGACGAAAUAAUUCACAGAAGCUGGGAGCUGAGAGGCAGUGGCCUAAUUCAGGAUAAAUGACGUCAGUCUGAUAAGUCGCCCUCCUCCUUACUAAGUGAUGGAACAUCAUCAGAAUUGGAUUGUUUUGAUUGAGGCUGGAGUGUGUGAGGUUACAUGAUAUUACUGAGAGUGUGAGCUUUGAUACUGCACGCAGUUAUGUUGAGGCGAGGACUGCUAACUUGGGUGUCCCGUGUGGGGGGCCUGCUGGUGCUCCUCUGCUGCUCCCUCUCACUCCUCUAUCUGAUGACCUGCAGCCCUCCACAUUCCAACAACCCUCCGCUGAGUCACGUUUUACCCCAUGCAGGGUCCAACCACCCCAGCCUUGGAGGUACAGGGCCCGUGGUCGGAGCAGGUCCCAGUGGGACAAGAGGUGGAGAUGCUUCCCAAAGCCGGGGUCCGCCUGCAGCACACUCUUACCAGAUGCUCCUACAGGAGCGCGAGGAGCAGCACCGCCUCUACAUCUCCUCCUUAAAGAAACAGAUCGCUCAGCUGAAGGAGGACCUGCAGGAGCGCAGUCUGCAGCUGAAAAGAGUGCAGGAGAGCCUGAAAACGGCUGCAAACGGACCCGCAGAGGGGCAGAACGGGGGCGCUGAAUUACAAGGGGCUGGCUUUGGAGAGGUUCAGGGGGCAAAGAGCCAGCAGUCUGACCUGCAAGAGUUCCUUCAAACUCAGCUGUCAAAAGCCGAGAUAAGCUCUGGCACCAGGUUGCCCAACGAGUACGCCGUGGUGCCUUUUGAGAGCUUCACCCUGCAGAAGAUGUACCAACUGGAAAUGGGGCUCACGCGUCACCCAGAGGAGAAACCUGUGAGGAAGGACAAGAGAGAUGAGCUGGGAGAGGUGCUGGAGGCGGCUCUGCACAGCCUCAACACAGCCUCAUCACAUCAGGAUAACAGGGUGCCAGCAGAAAAGACUCAAACUAGCAAAGUCUACACAACAUCUGACUUUGUAGAAGGCAUCAGUCGUACAGAGAGGGACAAAGGGACGCUGUAUGAGCUCACUUUCAGAGAGGAGGCGAGUCACGAAUUCAGACGUCUGGUCCUCUUCCGACCCUUCGGACCUCUGAUGAAGGUCAAAAAUGAAAGGAUGGACACAACCAAUAUCAUGAUUAACAUCAUCGUCCCGCUCUCGAGACGAGCCGAUAAGUUCAAACAGUUCAUGCACAACUUCAGGGAAGUCUGUGUGCGUCAGGAUGGCCAAGUACAUCUGACCGUGGUGUAUUUUGGGAAAGAGCAGAUGAGUGAAGUCCGGAGCACUCUGGAGAACACAUCUAGGGAGACCAGCUUCAAGAACUACACACUGCUUCAGCUGGACGAGGAGUUUUCUCGGGGUCGAGGCCUAGACGUCGGGGCCCGAGCGUGGAAGGGAGGCAAUGUUCUGCUUUUCUUCUGUGAUGUGGACAUCUACUUCACCGCCGACUUCCUCAACACCUGCAGACUCAACACACAGCCAGGUAAAAAGGUGUUCUACCCAGUGUUAUUCAGCCAGUACAACCCUGCCCUCAUUUAUGGAAGUCCAGAGCACAUCCCACCUGUGGAGCAACAACUGGUGAUCAAGAAAGACACGGGCUUUUGGAGGGAUUUCGGUUUUGGUAUGACCUGCCAAUACAGGUCUGACUUUAUCAACAUAGGAGGUUUUGACAUUGACAUCAAAGGCUGGGGCGGCGAAGACGUCCACCUCUACAGAAAGUACCUCCACAGCAACCUCCUGGUCGUCCGAGCGCCGUCACGCGGCCUCUUCCACCUGUGGCACGAGAAGCAUUGCGCCGACGAGCUGCCGCCAGACCAGUACCGAAUGUGCAUGCAGUCCAAGGCCAUGAACGAGGCCUCGCAUGGCCAGCUGGGAAUGCUCUUCUUCAGGCAUGAGAUCGAAGCUCAUCUCCGCAAGCAGAAACUGCAAAACCCCAAAAAGACGUGACUCUGGACUGAGAAAGGCUAGGCACUGCAUUCAGCAGGUGAAUCUAAGCUUUGUAUAAUUCUGAAAGAAUUUUGGUAAAGUUGCCUAAUUUGCUGUCCUUUUCUAAACCAAAUACAAGACUCACUCUUUUAUAUCUGUACAGGAAAUGCAAGGGAACAAGAAAGAGAUAUUGUGGACUAAAAACUUAGAGAAAGAGUUUGGUUGAAAAAUUGUAUUUUGUAUUUUCACUCCAUAUGCAACAUGUGGUUUAGGUACAUCUUCACUUGCUCCUAUAAAAAAAUACCAUCAGCUAUUUGUAUUUUUUUUUUUUAAUUGUCCUUUGAAUUCAUGUUGAACAAGCACAGUUAAUUGAUCCCAGCCAUAUGAUGUAAAUCACAGCUAAAAUGUUAAAGAAGUGUCAAUCUUCUUCAAUGAAGACUUCAGAUUUGAUUCUAUAAAAGUCUGGAUACAUUUAAUUAAAAGUGAGAAACAUACAUUUAUGGGUCCAGUGAGAAGUUUAAAUGUACUCAUCAUGAGCUUUUAGCCUGAUAAUACAAUGUGAAACUUCUAAUUCGUUGAAAGUUUGAAUUUAUUGGGUAUGUUAUCUGAUUCACACAGUCAACAUUAGACACACAGGCUCGAAAAUAGACAUGCACUUCUAUAAAUAUUUGCAUAAAUGCCCAUUUGCAAAUUUCAAUUCCACCACAUGCUUUUUUUAACAGGCUUUUGGGAACACUGAUUUGUUUUUCUUCAGAAAUGGUAGAGAUUUAAAUAGCUAGGUUUUCUGGCUCAGCUUUUAAUCAUAGUUCAAGCCAGUUUUGAUUUCUAUGUGGGGCCUUUGACUUAUUGGAACGUGGAAUCUUGUCCGAGGUAUGGGUGAGUUUACGAAAAAGGAGGUAGACACCUUCCACUAUUCUAGCCGUACUUUGGCAAAUUACCCCCUGAUAGCUUGAUACUACCACCACCAUGCCAGGUGUUUUAUACACUGCUUAUGUUUGAAAGUCUAAAGUCACUGUGACCAAACAGUCCAUCUUUGUCUCUUUGUGCAUUUGGUUUGUCCAUGUGGGCAGCUGCACAUUUCUGCCUUGCUCAAGCUUGAAAGUCUAUUGAAAAUCUCUAUUGUGGAGAAGUUUCUUUUUCUUGUUUCGUGUUCUCAUUCACAAUGAGAACAUGAAACUGUUGUUCCAGCAUCUUCCAUUUUAAAACAGGCUUGAGCCUUGGUCACAUGGUUGAAUCUUGGAUGCUAUCGGAUGUUCCAAGAGAACCGUGAUCCAAAAUGCACAUCCAAGGCAAAAUUUCGGAUGGAUAAAGCUAGCUACCAGUAAGUCUCUGGAAUUGCUGCAACCUUAUUAAACAUAACCCAGAAAACUAACCAAUUUAAACAACAAUUUCUGAUAAAGAAAGGGUACAAAUAGUUUCUUACUGGUUACAAUAGCAUAUGGUUUUGCUGCAGCUUACAAAACCACAUUAUCCAGAUACUAAUGGAAGUGGUGUAUGCAUGUAUUUGAGUCUGUAUUCAAAUGUUUGACAAUGUGUGCAGAAAAUCCACGGUGCUUCAGAUAUGCAGUUCCAGUUCUAGUUUUUAGUAAACAUUGAAAUUGUAUACUUCAUAGUUUCUCCAUUCUGUAAAAAGAGCAGUUCAAAUGCUUCGAUAAAAAACUCAAAAUGAAUGUAACAUUAAUGUCCAUAAUUGUACGUAAACUUCUGUACAGAAUCAUAUUAAUGUCUGUGUGUAUCAGAGCUAUUAUGAGUUUUUUUUAAUGCAACUGUGAGCCGGAAUACAUCUCAACUAUGUGCCUUAUGUAAAUAAUGUCAGAUCCGUCCGUUUUUCAUAAUCAGUGAAAGUUUAACUUGCACUGAAGUUUUUUACGUGUGUAAAUAGAGCCACCCACUGGUUUGAAAAUGAAUAACAUGCUAUCAGUGAAGGACUCUUUUAAAGUCUGUCUUGUAAAGUUUUACAUAAAUUAUUCUUUCAGUUGCCUUUGCUUCUGUAUUUAUAAUUGUGUUCUGUAAAUGUCAAGUCUUAGAAUUUUUAUUUUAUUUCUUGCCUGCUUGGACAGUAUUACAUUCAGCUUAUUCUAGCCUUAUUGGCGCCCCUGUUUUAAGAUGUGGAAAAAAGCCUAUAAAUUAUUUAUUGCGGGAAAAUUAUAUACUUAACGUUUUGGGGAGAUUCGAGCUUUAAUUUGAGUAUAAUUGCUGACAUUCUAUCAACUUUUUUUUUUUUUUUUUUUACAAAAUUAUUAUUGCUUCCCCUAUUGGCGCCCCUACUGCCUCGUAUUUGCACAACCUCCUUUCUUCAUGUAACAUUUCACAAGGUCAGAGAAAACAGAGACAAAACUCUUUGACCAUUCUUCUUUACAUAAGAGUCCUUGGUCCUUAUGCCGUCUUCUCGGUGAAAUGAAGAGAAAUAAGAUUAAGGUCUGUGGACUGAGACAGCCAUAGAAAGUGAUUAAUGGCUGACUGGAGCUUUUCCAUGUUGGUUUUUCUGUGUGUUUUAGAUCACUAUCCUGCUCUACAAUCUACUGUCAACCCAAUUCAUUUGUGUGGCACAGGCCAACAUCACUGCAUCAUCCCCUCCACCUUACAUAAAAACUUCAACACACAUGUGCCUAUCUCAAAUUCAAUGUUCUCCUCUUUUUCCUGUUUUGACAAGGGGAUAGGAAAAAUUUACCUGUUUUCCAUCAUCUAUCCCAGGAAAACGGGAAAUCAAAAUGUGUUUACUUGAAAAGUAAAAUAAAUGCUACAUUUAUUCUAUGAACAUGUUUUAGGUGUGACAAUAGCAGCUCCAGUGAUGGUGCUGCUGCUAUAAUGCUAGAAGUUAGAUUUGUUUUUUGUCAUUAUUAUUGUUUUUUAAUUUAAUAUACCUUUCAUUGCACAUCUUUACCAUCAGUACCAAUAGGCAUGGAUGUGAGUGUUGACUCUUUAAGAUCAGACAAAGUAACUCAGAGCUGCUGUGUGCGUUACAUAAAUUAGUUUGUAAACCUUUUACAGGGAAGUGUUGACGUUUGGUGAAUUUAUGUUGACAACGACUUAACAAGUCAGAGCAAUUUAUUUUUAAUAUCGAUCAAGAGGAGUUUUUUGUGCAAUAGGGAAGUAAAUUAUGAUUAGUAGUAGUAAGCAAUCAUUUAUUUAUUUUGAUGUAUUUGCCGUGAAAGAUUUUUUUAGCAUCCUUGUGCAGCACUUAAUAAUGAAACAAAAUGACUGGCAAUCAUUUACUUUUUUGCUGAAAUAUUUUUGUUUUUCAACAGUCAUUAGGUUAUUUUGUCAGAUUGGUUUUGUAACUUUGUGUAAAUGAGUUGAAUAAACAUAUUUAUGCAUUGUGAA